AAAAAUCCAACCGUACUCUGACACAACAGACUCAUUUCGGAGAACCCAAAACUCAGCUCAAGCACCUCCGUUCCGCCGCCGAGUGUAACCGUGGAAAAAUCUUUCCGUCUGCCAUGGCUCACCAGAAUCAGACGGCCCCGAAGCUCCCGAUCCCUGGCAAGCGCAACAUCCUCAUCACCAGCGCCUUGCCGUACGUCAACAACGUGCCUCAUCUCGGCAACAUCAUCGGCUGCGUUCUGAGCGCCGACGUGUUUGCCCGGUACUGCCGUCUCCGAGGGUACAAUGCGAUAUACAUCUGUGGGACCGAUGAGUACGGGACGGCAACCGAGACCAAGGCCAUGGAAGAAAAAUGCUCGCCCAAAGAGAUUUGUGACAAGUACCAUGCGAUUCAUAAACAAGUUUAUGAUUGGUUCGAUAUCAGUUUUGAUAAAUUUGGCCGUACUUCAACCCCGGAGCAGACUGAAAUUUGCCAAGCAAUCUUCAAGAAGCUGUUGGGGAACAAUUGGCUCUCGGAGAACACCAUGCAACAGCUUUAUUGCACAAAGUGCGAAAGGUUCUUAGCUGAUCGGCUUGUUGAAGGUACCUGUCCUAAAGAAAGCUGUAAAUAUGAAUCUGCUAAAGGUGAUCAGUGUGAGAAUUGUGGAGACAUGUUGAAUCCCACUGACCUGAUAAAUCCGAGAUGCAAGGUCUGUCAAACCACUCCGCAAAUUCGUGACACAAGACAUCUUUUCCUUGAGCUUCCUUUACUGAAAGACAAAUUAGUAGAGUACGUUGACAAAACAUCAGUGGCUGGAAGUUGGAGCCAAAAUGCUAUUAGUACAACUACUGGAUGGCUUAAAGAUCUUAAAGAAAGAUGUAUUACUAGGGAUCUGAAGUGGGGGGUUCCAGUUCCACAUGCAGAUUUUAAGGAUAAGGUUUUCUACGUCUGGUUUGAUGCACCUAUUGGAUACAUUUCAAUUACUGCUUGUUACACUCCAGAUUGGGAGAAGUGGUGGAAAAACCCUGAAAAUGUGGAGCUUUAUCAAUUUAUGGGAAAGGAUAAUAUUCCAUUUCAUACGGUUAUGUUUCCAUCUACACUUAUUGGAACCGGUGAAAACUGGACAAUGAUGAAGACUAUCAGUGUGACAGAAUACUUGAAUUAUGAAGCUGGUAAAUUUUCUAAGAGUAAAGGCAUAGGUGUUUUUGGUAAUGAUGUAAAACAUACAAAUAUUCCUAUUGAGGCCUGGCGGUACUACUUGUUGACCAAUAGACCGGAGGUGUCUGACACCCUAUUUACAUGGAGUGACUUGCAAGCAAAACUAAACAAUGAGUUGCUAAGCAAUUUGGGCAACUUCAUCAAUAGAGUUUUAAGUUUCAUUGCAAAACCUACAGGUCAAGGAUAUGGUUCCAUUAUUCCUGAUGCGCCAGGUGCAGAGUCACAUCUCUUGACAAAGACAUUGGCCGUGCAAGUUGGUAAAUACAUGGAACAAUAUGUAGAAGCCAUGGAAAAGGUAAAACUAAAGCAAGGCCUGAAACUUGCAAUGGGCAUCUCCAGUGAAGGAAAUGCAUAUCUCCAAGAAAGUCAGUUUUGGAAGCUUUACAAAGAAGACCAGCCUUCUUGUUCUAUAGUUAUGAAAACUGCAGUUGGGAUCGUUCACAUUCUUGCGUGUUUGCUGGAGCCAUUUAUGCCAUCUUUUACUGUUGAGGUGUUUAAGCAGCUUAAUUUGCCUCAGCAAGAACAACUUUCACUGUCUGAUGAAAAAGGAGAAAUAGAUAGGGCUAGAAGACUAUGGGAGAUAGUUCCAGCUGGUCAUAAAAUUGGAGAACCCAAGCCAUUGUUUGAAGAACUGAAACCUGAGAGAGUGGAUGAAUUGAGAAACAAGUAUGCCGGAAGUCAAGCUGAGAGGGCUGAAGCUGAAGCAGCGAAGAUUGCUGAGCAAGUGAAGAAAACUAAAAUUUCAGAUGGCAAGAAACAGCGGCCGUCAAAAUCUGCAGCUGAAGCUAAUAAAUGUAAGCCUGCUGCUGAGCCUGAAAUUUCAAUUACCAGACUUGAUAUACGAGUUGGCAAAAUUUUGAAGGCUCAGAAGCAUCCUGAUGCUGAUUCACUGUAUGUUGAAGAGAUUGAUGUGGGUGAAGCACAGCCUCGAACUGUUGUCAGUGGACUUGUCAAAUACAUACCCCUUGAAGAGAUGCAGGAGCGCAUGAUCUGUGUUCUUUGUAAUCUGAAGCCAGCAACCAUGAGGGGUAUUAAAUCACAGGCAAUGGUUCUUGCAGCUUCUAACAGUGAUCACACAAAGGUCGAAUUGGUUGAACCGCCCAAGUCAGCUACUGUUGGGGAGAGAGUUACUUUUCCUGGUUUUGAAGGUGAACCGGAUGAUGUCUUAAACCCUAAAAAGAAGGUUUGGGAGACUCUGCAAGUCGAUCUGCACACUGAUGCAAAUCUGGUGGCUUGCUACAAAGAUAUUCCUUUGACCACAUCAGCAGGUGUUUGCACCGCGUCAUCCAUUUGCAAUGGUUCCAUUAGGUAGAUUUUUACUGCUGUUACAACAUGAGAACCAUUGCGUAGAUUUUUAUUGGUGUUCUAACGUGAAUACCCACCAUAACACGGUUUUGGUGUUUACAGUUACCACAACAUUUUUAGUCUCUUCUUCACAGUAUGAACUAUGUAGCAUUCUAGUUUAAGUUUAGAAAAUAGAAAACACAGUGUAAUUUUGACAUUGAUUUAUUUCUGGAUGGUUGAUAUAAGGAUUAUUCUCUCACUAGUGUUUCGAAGUGAAGAGAUUUCAAUCUUUGAUGCAGUUGUCAAAAGACACUGCUAAUUUGAUUAGCUCCCACUCCCACUCUCAACAAACGAGCUAAGAAGAGUAAUUAAUUCAAUGCCUUUUU